AUGCGACUCCAUACGCCAGCGUUCCACAGGGGAAAAUUUCAUCGGGGACUUAUCACGAUCAUAGGUCGAGCCAUCGGCCUAGACUUCACGGAUCCUAAGUACAUACCUGUCGACACCCCACCGAACUUCCUGCUAGAUUGUGACGCCCUCAUCCGGAUGGAGAUGUUGCUUGAUCGGGGAACCCGCACGUACCGUUGGUUAGACUCUAACAAAGCCUUGGUUUACAUCCUGCCAAGUUGGAUCGGUUCUUCAUUCGAUACAGGCGACCCCGACACUUGGCUUCCUCCAGAUCAGUUGACCCAAGCAGGUGUAUUCCCGGAAUUCGGUGAUGAUGAGGGUGACGACGCUUAG